AUGGGCUGGCUUCCCACAUGGCUCGGAGGAUCAGCAACUCCUGCCCAACCGGAGCCCGUACGACCCAAGUCCACUGAUGGCGGCUUCGUCGCACCGGACCGUAAUGCCCGAGAGGUUUGCUACGAAUCAAGAGACCUCUUCUUCGAGUGUCUGGACAAGAACAAUAUCCUGGAUGCCAUUAAAGAAGACGAAAAGGCUCGGAAAGUAUGUGCGCAAGAGGUUGUAGCCUAUGAAAAGGAUUGCGCCAGGAGUUGGAUCAAGUACUUUAAAGAGAAGCGAGUGAUGGAAUACAACCGGGAUCAAACAAUAGCAAGGAUCCAACAGGACGAUGCCAAAAUGGCCGCCAAAGCCAAAGCCGAUAGAGGAGGGAAAGGGUGGUUUGGAUGA